ACGAGUGCGGCUGUACUCUGCCAGGCUGUCACUCUCACAACACCGCGGACGCGGCGGACCAGUACUUGCCCUCCAGGGCGUUCCAGGGAGGCUGUCCGACCGGGAAGGGCACGCGACGCACGUGCUCGUCCACCUCGUCAACGUCCAGGCCGAGUCCGAGCGGCGAUCGACGGCCACGUCGAGCGGCACCACAUCACCGGCUCGGCGUCCGCGUUGAGACGCCAUGACCCGCAACAACGUCGUCGUGGCAGUGGCCGUGGCGGCCCUCCUCUGCGCCCUGGUCGGGGUCGGGACUCUGGCCCAGCGGCGCGACGGGGCCCGCGUGGACGACAGCGGCCGCUUCCCGCCGCAGAGGACCGACCGGCCCAUCAUCGGCGUGCUGAGCAUGGAGCUGUCCCCCACGAUCGAGAAGGUGGUCGGCGCGCACCACAGCUACAUCGCCGCCUCCUACGUCAAGUUCGUCGAGGGCGCCGGCGCGCAAGUCGCGCCGAUCCUCAUCGGCCAGCCGGCCGAGUACUACCGCAAGAUGGUGGACAGCGUCAACGGCCUGCUGCUCCCGGGGGGCGCCACGUACUUCAAAGAAGAAGAGGACAACAAGUACUUCGCGGCCGGCAGGCAGCUGUACGACCUGGCGAAGGAGGCCAACGCGGCCGGGGCGCACUUCCCCGUGCUGGGGAUCUGCCUCGGCAUGGAGCUGCUCAUGGUGGCCGCCGCCGGCAACGACUUCCGCGACAACUGCGACAGCGAGGACCCGCUGCCUCUCGGCUUUCUGCCCGGAGCCAAGAGUGACAGUCGCCUGUUCGCGAGGGCGCCGCCCGGUGUCGUCCACACGCUGGAGAAGCAGAACGUGACCGUCAACCACCACCACUUCUGCAUCACCCGGCGCGGCAUCGAGGAGCAGGGGCUGGAGCGAGAGUGGCGAACGCUGUCCGUCAACGAGGACCCCAACGGGGUGGAGUUCGUCUCGGCGUUCGAGCACCGCCAGCUUCCCCUGUACGGAGUCCAGUUCCACCCCGAGAAGAACAUAUACGAGUGGAAAGCGUCCAAGAACUACCCACAUUCCGAGUCGGCCAUCACCGCGGCGCGGUACUUCGCCGAUUUCUUGGUGUCGGAGGCGCGCAAGAACGCGCACAGUUUUGGAGAGGAUGAGAGGGACCACCUCAUCUACCAGUACCAGCCUCAGGACACCAAGAGGCGGCUCAUGUGGGAGCAGCUCUACCUCUUCGAGGAGCAGCAGCAGCAGGUUCCACUGGUCCGGAUGGCGUCCGUCCCCGAGCCGGCUGCGGCAGGGCAGCCGGAUUUUGAAGUUUGACUGCUGCUGCUGUCACUUUGCCUUGUCAGUAUCGCCACUGGCCUUCCCUCUGUCACAAUCCACCGCACUGCGAGAGACAGAGAGGAUCACCUAUUUUUUAUACGUCUCUGAAUGCCUUACUAAUAAAAACUACUUGAAUGCAG